CACAGUCAGCCCCUCUCCUGGAAGCCUGCUGGUCGGGCAAGGCGAGGCUCCUCUGUCGCUGUUCUCUGCGGGACAGAGAGAAGCCCCUUCUCCCACUAGCAUUGCAGACAAGACCAGACUGAAAGCUGGGAACCCCAGGCUUGCCAGGACCCAAAAAAGCAGAAGGCUUGGGGCGUCCCAAGGAUCUGGCCAACAGGCAGAGCCCAUCCUGACCACAGCAGGAGCACAGCCCGGACCUCCCAGGCCCCACCCAGGCCCCCCGCCCCACCGGCAGCAGGAUGCCCCACUGCCUGCAGCCCUCACUGCGGAAGCCUGCAGUCAUCCUGUGUCUGCUGCUGUCCAGCACCUCUCUGUCCCCCACGUGGGGGCAGGCCAUGAUUCCUCUGGAAACAGUGAAGCUGUGGGCAGACACCUUUGGCGGGAACCUGUAUGACACCGUGACCAAAUACUCAGGCUCUCUCUUGCUGCAGAAGAAAUACAAGGAUGUGGAGCCCAAUCUGAGGAUCCAGGAGGUGGAUGGCUUGGAGCUGGUGAAGAAGUUCUCAGAGGACAUGGAGACCAUGCUACGCAGGAAAGUGGAGGCUGUGAAGAAUGUGGUAGAGGCGGCUGAGGAAGCUGACCUGGACCAUGAAUUCAAUGAAUCGCUGGUGUUUGACUAUUACAACUCGGUCCUGAUCAACGAGAGGGAUGCGAGGGGCGAGUACGUGGAGCUGGGGGCUGAGUUUGUCCUGGAGCCCAACGCGCACUUCAGCAACCUGAGGGUGAACACGUCCCUCAGCAGUGUGCAGCUGCCCACCAACGUGUACAACAAAGACCCAGAUAUUUUAAAUGGAGUCUACAUGUCCGAAGCCUUGAACCCUGUUUUUGUGGAGAACUUCCAGAGAGACCCGACACUGACCUGGCAAUAUUUUGGCAGCUCAACUGGAUUCUUUAGGAUCUACCCAGGCAUCAAAUGGACACCUGACGAGAAUGGAGUCAUCACCUUUGACUGCCGAAACCGUGGCUGGUACAUACAAGCCGCUACUUCUCCCAAGGAUGUUGUGAUUGUGGUGGACACAAGCGGCAGCAUGAAGGGGCUGCGGAUGGCUAUCGCCAAGCACACCAUCUCCACCAUCCUGGACACACUGGGAGAGAAUGACUUCGUUAAUAUCAUUGCUUACAAUGACUACAUCCAUUACAUCGAGCCUUGUUUCAAAGGGAUCCUUGUUCAGGCGGAUCGAGACAACCGCGAGCAUUUCAAACAGCUGGUCAGCGAGCUGGUGGUUAAAGGUGUGGGGGUCGUGGACCAAGCCCUGAGGGAAGCCUUCCAGAUCCUGAAGCGGUUCCAAGAGGCCAGGCAAGGAAGCCUCUGCAACCAGGCCAUCAUGCUGCUCACCGACGGGGCCGUGGAGGACUAUGAGCCAGUGUUUGAGAAGUACAACCAGCUGGACCGCAAGGUUCGAGUUUUCACUUACCUGAUUGGGAGAGAAGUCACUUUUGCUGACCGCAUGAAGUGGAUCGCGUGCAACAACAAAGGCUACUACACGCAGAUCUCCACCCUGGCAGACGCCCAGGAGAAUGUGAUGGAGUACCUGCACGUGCUCAGCCGCCCCAUGGUCAUCAACCACGACCACGACAUCAUCUGGACCGAAGCUUACAUGGACAGCAAGCUCUUCGCCUCGCAGGCACAGAGCCUGGUGCUCCUCACCACCGUGGCCAUGCCAGUCUUCAGCAGAAAGAAUGAAACGCGGUCCCACGGCAUUCUGCUGGGGGUGGUGGGCUCUGAUGUGGCCCUGAGAGAACUGAUGAAGCUGGCGCCCCGGUACAAGCUCGGAGUACAUGGAUAUGCCUUUUUGAACACUAACAACGGCUACAUCCUCUCACAUCCUGACCUCCGACCCCUGUACAGAGAGGGGAAGAAACUAAAACCCAAACCUAACUACAACAGCGUGGAUCUCUCUGAAGUGGAAUGGGAGGACCGAGCUGAAAUCCUGAGAACGGCCAUGAUCAAUGGGGAAACAGGUUCUCUCUCUAUGGAUGUGAAGAUUCCGCUGGAUAAAGGGAAGAGGGUUCUUUUCCUGACCAAUGACUACUUCUUCACAGACAUCAGUGACACACCUUUCAGCCUGGGGGUGGUGCUGUCCCAGGGCCACGGAGAACACAUCCUCCUGGGGAACACAUCUGUGGAAGAAGGCCUGCACGACCUGCUGCACCCAGACCUGACCCUGGCCAGCGACUGGAUCUACUGUAUCACGGAUAUUGACCCCGACCACCGGAAGCUCAGCCAGCGGGAGGCUAUGGUCCGCUUUCUGACAGGGGAGGACCCAGACCUGGAGUGUGACGAGGAGCUGGUGCGGGAGGUACUGUUUGAUGGCGUGGUGACAGCCCCCAUGGAAGCCUACUGGACAGCACUGGCUCUCAAUGCCUCUGAGGAGUCGGAGCGCGUGGCGGACAUGGCUUUCCUGGGCACCCGGGCCGGCCUCCUCAGAAGCAGCUUGUUCGUGGGCUCGGAGAAGGUCUCCAACAAGAAGUUCCUGACCCCUGAGGACAAGGCCAGCGUGUUCACCAUGGACCACUUCCCUCUGUGGUACCGCCAGGCCGCUGAGCAGCCUGCUGGCAGUUUUGUCUUCAAUCUCCGUACCCCAGAGGGGCCAGAAGGUCCGGGUGAGCCUGGAGUCGUGACAGUGAGCACAGCUGUAGCCGUGACAGUGGACGAGAAGACAGCCAUUGCUGCAGCGGUGGGCAUCCAAAUGAGGCUGGACUUCCUGCAGCGCACGUUCUGGGCAGCCACGCAGCAGUGCAGUGCGGGGGAUGGGCCGUGCCCAAAGAGCUGCCAGGACGGUGACCUGGACUGCUUCAUCGUGGACAACAAUGGGUUCAUUCUGAUCUCAGAGCGACCACAGGAGAUGGGAAGAUUUCUAGGGGAGGUGGACGGUGCUCUCCUGACCCAGCUGCUCAGCAUGGGGGUGUUCAGCCAGGUGACCAUGUACGACUACCAGGCCAUGUGCAAACCCCCCAGUCACCACCACAGCGCCGCCCGGCCCCUGGUCAGCCCUAUCUCAGCCCUCCUGACUGCAACCAGAUGGCUGGUGAAUGAGCUCUUGCUGUUCCUGCUGGAGUGGAGUGCCUGGGGCUCCCGGAGAGCCGGCCACGGGGCCCAGGCCAAAGCUGUCUUUCAUCACUCCCACAAGCACAGGAAGCAGGACAUGCUGCAGCCCUGCGACACGGAGUACCCCGUGUUUGUGCACCAGAGGGCCAUCCAGGAGGCCAACGGGAUCAUCGAUUGUGGGGCCUGCCAGAAGAUAUUUGUGAUGCAACAGAUUCCCAAUAGUAACCUUCUCCUCCUGGUGACAGACCCCACCUGUGACUGUAGCAUCUUCCCACCAGUCCUUCAGGAGGCUACAGAAGUCAAAUAUAAUGCCUCUAUCAAGUGUGACAGGAUGCGCUCCCAGAAGCUCCGCCGGCGACCAGAUUCCUGUCAUGCCUUCCACCCAGAGGAGAAUGCCCAGGACUGUGGCGGCACCUCAGAAACCUGCGCCUCGCUCCCCCUGCUCCUGCUGCCUCUGUGUGCCUGGCUGCUGCCACCCCAGCUGCUGUGGUGACACCCACCCAGUCUGACCUCUGUUUUGACAAGGUAGUCCUUCCAGAGACAUUUUAAGGAGUCAGCAACUGACGGGGAACCCAGCUCACUACAGCUGGGUUAUCACCCAGGUCAAUGCUUAUCUCAAUGACCCUGCCUCCUGAAAUUGCUGGGUGGAACCAGAAACCACUUCCCCAAGACCUUCCAGGGUGCCUGCAACCACCCAGCCCACCUCGAGGGGCAUUCUACCAUCCUUCCUGCCUCCUCUUCAGGAGCCUAGCACGAGCUCAACUUGGACCAAGACAAAAGGAUUUCAUUCCAUCUAUUCUCCAGAAGUCCAGACCCAGCCAAAAAUAGGGUCAGCUGUUCUAAUGAACCUGGCUGGUCUUCAGUAGAACCAAGGACUUAAAGAUACUGAGAAAGAGAGGCAGAAUGAGACCAACAAUAGCAACAGCUGAAAUGAGACAAGGGCAAGAACAAUCCCCACAGGAAACAUAGCUGCCUCAAAGUGAGAUGCACGGUGGGGGCAGCUCAAUUUCCUUCUGCUGCUCAAAAAAUUCUAACUCUGUGAGAGAG